UACGUUAUCAUCCUCAUGGCUCUUUACUGGUGUACAGAGUGUAUGCCUCUGGCUGUGACGUCCCUGCUGCCAGUCGUCCUCUUCCCCAUGAUGGGCAUCAUGAAGGCUGGAGACGUCAGUAUUGAGUAUCUGAAAGACUCUAACAUGCUGUUCAUUGGUGGGCUGUUGGUGGCCAUCGCAGUGGAGCACUGGAGCCUUCAUAAGCGCAUCGCUCUCCAAGUUCUGCUGCUGGUUGGCGUUCGUCCGGCCCUGUUAAUGCUGGGCUUCAUGAUCGUCUCGUCCUUCCUGUCCAUGUGGAUCAGCAACUCGGCCACCACCGCCAUGAUGCUGCCCAUUGCCCAGGCCGUGCUGCAGCAGCUGAAGGCCACAGAGGCUCGGGCGGACGAGCGAGAUUUCCAGACUGCAGCCGAGGACAACCACGCGUUUGAGAUGGAGAUCGGACAAACUAAAGAGGAAAAGAUGGACGAGAAACAGCCAGACACCAAGGUUGAGCUGGAGGACGCAGAGUAUGAGCAUGAGUGGAAGCCAGAGUCACUGCUGGAGUCCAAGAGGAAAGCGAUGGAGUCAAAGUACCAGCUCCUGACCAAAGGGAUGAGUCUGAGUGUGUGUUACGCUGCCAGCAUCGGAGGCACGGCCACGCUCACCGGCACAACCCCUAACAUCAUCCUUAAGGGUCAAAUCGACAAGCUCUUCCCUGGGAACAAUGAUGUCAUCAACUUUGCCAGCUGGUUCAGCUUCGCUUUUCCCAACGCAAUGCUCAUGCUGGUGUUGGCCUUUCUCUGGCUUCAGUUUAUGUUCCUAGGCUUCAACAUGAAGCAAUCAUUCGGCUGUGGCUACAAAAGCGACCGAGAUAAGGAGGCGUACACGGUAAUAAAGCAGGAGUACAAAAAGCUGGGGCGCGCUCCGUUCGCUGAGUGGGCAGUGCUCACCAUCUUUGUCCUGCUGAUAGCCCUGUGGUUCACCAGGGAGCCGGGCUUCAUCGACGGCUGGGCUACUGUGCUCUUCAAUAAGGGGGGACCAUUUGUAACCGAUGGAACCGUCGCUAUCUUGAUGUCGAUGCUUUUCUUCGUCAUCCCCUCCCAGAUGCCCAAGUGUGGAGGCUACGGCAACAAUGACGAAGGUAAAAUGUUGAACGCUCCCUCCACGCUGCUGAACUGGCAGGUGGUCCACGAGCGAAUGCCCUGGCACAUCAUCCUGCUGCUGGGAGGAGGAUUCGCUCUGGCUGCUGGCAGUGAGGAGUCCGGUCUGUCCAAGUGGCUGGGAGAUAGCUUGGCCCCCCUGCAGCAGAUUCCCCCCUACGCCAUCUCGUUGCUGCUCUGCAUGCUGGUGGCAACGUUCACCGAGUGCUCCAGCAACACGGCCACCACCAACCUGUUCCUGCCCAUCCUGGCCUCAAUGGCCAUAGCUAUCAAGAUACACCCGCUGUACGUGAUGAUUCCCUGCACCAUUGCUGCCUCUCUGGCCUUCAUGCUGCCUGUGGCCACACCCCCUAACGCCAUCGCCUUUUCUUUUGGAAAACUCAAAGUCAUGGACAUGGUGAAAACUGGCUUUGUGCUGAACGUCAUUGGGAUUCUGACAGUUAAUUUAGGCAUCAACACCUGGGGAAACACCAUAUUUGACUUGGGCACCGUACCUCAUUGGGUCAACGUUACAAACGACAAACCUUGA